AUGAGAGAAAGGUGUCAAGUUCCUGUUGAAAACAAGCAUUUAUUUGCUCGUCCAGGUGCUCUGUCUCACUAUCGGGGUGCAGACUGCAUUCGCCUGUAUGCCAAAGAAAGUGGAGCAAAGCAUCCAGAAGCCCUUUGCUCAACAAAGCUACGGAGACUGCCCGAACUCCAGGGCAAAGGAUUAGAUGGCAUAACAAUAGAUCCUCAAGAUGAAAUGGAUGUCUCCAGCAACAGUUCCAGUGAUGAGGCAGAACUGCAAACUUCAAGUUGCAGAAGUCAAGAGAAUGAGGAUCAUAUGAAUGCAGGCAACCUGCAAGACGAGGGACCUCAAGAUGAGGGACUCGAGGUGUCUUCAAAGAAAAAGGCAAAAAUGGGCUCCCAGAAAGCACAUGUGGGUAGACCUAAAUCCCCCUCCAUUGUAGACUUGGAUGUUGCCCAUCUCAAACCAGGUCCAAAAGUCAUUGUGAAAAGGAAGUGGUCAGAAGAGGAGGUCAAUGCAGUUGAAAAACAUAUGCUGCAUUUCAUACACAGCUGUAGAGUUCCUGGGAAAGCAGACUGUGUCUCGUGUCUGUUGGCCGAAACCUCAUGCACUAAGAAACAGAGAUUGGUCUGCUGUUAA